GAAUUCCACAGAGAGAACCACCUGUGCCCGCAUUGACUCGCGGUUGCGGUGCAAAAGUGUGCCGAGUCACGCGUCAAUCCGUCCUCACGAACCAGUGAAAGUGAAUGUACACGUUCGAGUGUGAUCUCGCUGGCAAAACAGCAGAAAAAGAAGAAGCAGCAUCGGCUAAGAAACAACUCCCAAGCCGAUCCCUCGUGCAGAAUUGAAAGCAAAGGAAGGGAUCAUAAUUUGCGGUUUUCUUUUUUUUUUUUUUUGUUUGCCAAAAAUCCCCAUCCGACCAGUGACACGCGGGGUUCGUCGCUUCCUGCCCUGAACCAAGUCUUUCGUUCUCGCUCGAAAACGAAAUCUCUCCAGCAUUAUUUUCUCGUAGCGCGCGAGCAGUGACCAAGCAGAACAAGAGGGAGAGAGAGAGAGAGGUUGAGAACGAAGAGAGGUGCUUGGUGUGCGAUCGACAGAGAGAGAGAGAGAGAGUGAGAGAAGACGAGAAGGGGAGAGAGAGAAUAUCUUGGAAGUAAAAGUGAAAAGCGCGUCACGGUGUGUCGUUCCGCGGAGUGUUUCUUGGAAUUCCGGAUCGCGUUCCGCCCUCAGGGGUUCGCGCACACACGCGUGCAACCCAGGAACAGCAGCAUCCCGGGGUCGGCCUCGGGCUCAUUACCGAGCGGCAGCGGCUGGGCAGCGGCAACCGCCCCAUCAUCAUCUAUUAACCGCAGGCGAACAGAGCGCUCCGAAGCAGACUGAAUGACUGAAGCAAACGGCGUCUUUUGAAAGAUGGUCGUCAGGAUCAAUGAUCUGAGCGACUUGGUGGCAACAAGCAGUCACAGCAUCUUGCAGCUUCCAGCAGUACGCAACGAAAAGUGUCGCAAAAGUAGAACGAACUAGUUUAUCCAUCAAAAGUGCAGAUAAAGAGAGUGCGAAAGAUCAGCAGCAUAGUGCAGUCAGUCAGAAGUACUUUGCUGUUUCAGCAGUACAGUCGAAUAGGUAACACUCAUAAAGAUACCGGUGCCAUGACGUUAACGAGGCACAGGCAUUGGCCGCACACGCUGCGCCAAUCGAUUCGAUCGCACCUCACCACCAGUAGCCUAGCAGUGUUCCUUCUCGUAGCGGCUGCCGUGUGUCUCAGCACGGCCGACGAGCGAACGAGCGGAUGUAGCUCCCCAAAAGACUGUCCCCUGGCCACCACCGAUGGCCAAAGCAAAUCGAAGCGCUCUGCGCUACCCAUCAUGAACGACUACACGCCCUACGGUGCCGGCAAGGACCUUCUGGUGGCUUUCAACACAAACAGUGUGCAGCAUGACGAUGGUCGAGGGCCACCGGGCAAAGGCCGCAGUGGCAAAGAUCUACUCGAUGAAUCAUACCAACGGACGAAGGAACUAGCACUAAACAUCUCCUCCGUCCAACGAGCGGUGCUCGCUUCCCAGCAAGCCCGAAUACAGGCCGCCCAAAACAACGGUGGCCGGCAGAACUCGAAUCCGGACAUUCAGGACAUCAUUACCGGGAUCGUGAAGUUGCUGAACGGGAACGUGAACGUCCAAGCUAAUCCCCAGCCAACGCGACGCCAUUCAGCGACACGAAUCAACAACCGAGGUCCACCGCGCAUAUCGGAAGCACAGCCACUACCGAAUGAAUACGAGGGAGAGCUGGGAGUGGGUCCACAGCCACCAUCCACGCAACAACAACAGCAACAGCAGCAGCAACCGUCACCAGGUUCACAAGGCCCUCGACCGGAUCAUCCGGUACGUCCAUUCCUAACCGGAGUCCCAAUCCCGGAACAGAUCGUUCCCUCAAUGCAGCACACCUACCGACCUGGUUUCGUGUCUCAGAAUCGACCACCGUGGCAGCGGCCAAAGCCUCGGCCACCAAUCUCACCAAACCGGCGCCCGAUCCCUCCGUACAAACCCUAUCCAACCAACGUCGACUAUCGACCGGAUGGUGUGGAGGGAAUGCCACCGCCACCACCAUCACCACCACUCACCAUUCCUACGACGAAUGGUGGUGAUCCGGGCAAUGCCAUCGAUAACGUGACGGAAAAGGUCAUUGAGGAUCCUCCGUACGAUGCACUGGCGUCCAGUGGAGGGUAUGGCAGCUAUCCAACAACUACUGCCACCGACAGUGAUGCUGAUGAGGAGUCAGCCGUUACAACUGAAUCGACGCUGGUACAACAGGACUCCAAGGAGUCGUCGAGCUCGAGUACGACGUCUACCACGACGGAGGUACAGUACACGAUCGAGUCGGCAACGAGUGCAGCGAGUGUGAUGCCUGCACCGGGAUCUUACGAUCCUGAAGUAGUGCCCAGUGUAUACGAGAUCAAUUCGAUCGAGUAUCUCCCAUCCAGUGGUGUACUAGAGGCCACAACGACCACUAGCACACCGACACUACAAGCUACCAGCAGCUCAAUUGAACCAUCGUCGAGUAGUAGCGAUGGAGAUCGCUAUGAAAUCACCGCUACUCCGACACUGGACACUAGCAGUACAUCACUGCGAACAACUCCGAACGAACGCACCACGACGGUGACCACGACUGAAGCAUCAACUUCCUCUUCAUCGAUUACUCCAACGACCACAACGAAACUACCAACGAAUGCGGGAGCAACGAAACCCUCAUCUCCUCCUCCAGAUUAUCGCUUCCAACCACGUCCCGGUUUGGUGUUAGAUGAUCCGGACUUUAAACCAGGCGGUGGUGGUGGUUCUGCCAGCGGUUCCUCCAGCAAUGCCAUCCGUACCCAAAACCUACCACCCUUCAGCAACCGCCCGGAGAUCUACACGGCACCCCCUCCCGGCAGUGCAAUCCCGGGCGGCGGUACCAACGCACGGCCCAACUAUGGCGAAAUCUUUGACGUCACCCUGUCGGCCAUCCAAGGACCGGGUGGUGGUUCCGGUGGUACCGGUUCACAGCAGACAAUCAAAAUCAAUCCGUACUACAAUCGGCCACCGGGGGGCGGCGGCGUGCAGGUACGGCCGGAUGAUGGCGAAGCCAGCAUCAUUCUGUCCGCCUCCGGUACCGAGGGUUUCGUGUCGAUCGACGGCAAACGCUCGUACAUCGAUCUGUUCGGUACGCAGACCGCAGACAAGAAGCAACCGCCAGUACCGACGGUGACCGCGGUCGGCCCACUCGUGCGACCAACGGAACGUCCAAGGCCCUCGAAAGUGCCAUCACCGUUGCAGCCAGGGAUCAUCGGAACGGGGUACGCGGUGCCAGAGACGGAAUCACCGGUUCAUGCCGCACCUAACGGAGGUUCACCGGGCCAUGGUGGUACCGGUGGCCAUCGUGUCGGUCCUGGUGGUCUGGUGCACAGUAAUCGACCCAAGUACCCGGGUGGUGCGGCUGCUGCUGCUGCUGCUGCUGGUUUGCCACCGGUACGUAUCGAUACCUGUAUCGUCGGUGAUGAUUCGACGUGUGAUCAGGCACAGAACGAACGGUGCCGGACGGAGAACGGUGUCUCGAGUUGUCACUGUCGGCCAGGGUAUGCCCGGCGGAAGCACCGGGAACCGUGCCGUCGAAUUGUUUCGCUCAUGCUGUCGAUGCGCGUGGACAAAAUCUACGAGCGGCGCAUCCACUGGGACCCGGCGUUGGCCGAUCGGAGCAGCGAAAAGCAUCAGCAGCUCAGCUACGAAGCGAUCCGUGCGAUGGACUCCGCCAUGUCGAUGACACCGUUCUCGGACGAGUUCCUCGAAGCGCGCGUCAACGGCAUCUACACGAUCAACCCUUCGUCCUCGGCUGCCCCAUCGGCCGGUGUCGUCUUCGUCAACUACACGGUGAAUUUGGACGAAAACGCGGAAACCCUACGACCGGCCCUAAGGUCCGACAUCCAGCGCCAUCUGCUCGGUGUGAUCCACCGGCGGAACAACAACAUCGGCAACUCGGCACUGUACGUCGAGGCACCGACCGGUGCCGUGUCGAGCGUACAGGACGUGGACGAGUGCACCUCGGAUGAGCUGAAUGACUGCGACGAGGAAGCACACUGCACGAACCUGUUCGGAACGUUCCGGUGCGAGUGUAACUACGGAUUUCGGGAUCCGUGGGCCGAUCAACCGCAACGGGCCGGCCGGGAGUGCCUGUCCUGCCCCGAGUCGUACUGUAACAACCGGGGUAGCUGUAGCUACGACAACGCCAACAAUCGGCAGGUGUGCAAGUGUCUCGGCAGUUUCUACGGAACGCAGUGUGAGAUCGAUGGUGAGGUGUUGGGUGUGGCGGUCGGUGCAUCCGUUGCCGCCGUCGUCAUCAUCGUGCUGACGCUCAUCUGUUUGGUCAUGUGGAGUCGCAAGUGGCAACGGGAGCACAAGAACGCGAUGGGUAGCCCGGUGUUUGGGUAUCUCGGCAAUGGGCAGGUGAAGACACCGGUCAUGGGCCAGGCACCGUACCAGGUGACGCUCGAGGAUCGCAUGCGGUGGGCACAGAUCGCGGACGUAAUGGCUCAAGCGAAUCAUUACGCGGUAAGCUACGAAGCCGAACCAGUCGGUGGAGGUCGACCAGCUUCCGCAAUGUACGGUUACCCGAACCUGCAGACCAUCGGUAGCAUGAACACGCUCUCGCUGCAUGGCACACUACCGAUGCACACCGGUACGCUGCCACCAGUUCCAUUGCCAAGAACGCUUGGACUUAAUCGAAAUGGAAUGCGAACGCUGGAAAAUUCGAGCUCCAGUGAGGAGGAAGAUCGUGCCGAUCUGCUGGGACGCAAUUUCAACGUGCCACGGCCCAAAAGUCGUAGCAAUGCGAGCGUUACGUCCGGUAUCUACUACGACGUCGACUACGCACCGACCGGUGCCGAGCAGCUGUACGGCGGUAGUACGCUCGGUGGCACGAUAGGCGCCGGGCUGGGCAGUUCCAUUGGUCAAGCCGGUGGUACGACCAAAUCGCAAAGCAGCAUACCAAUGAGCACGUACACUUCCAGCGGUCGACCCACUCAAUCUACGUACUACAAAUAGUAGGCCCCCGGGGCUGCAAGUGUAUUAACUCGAUAAUGGAUUUCUGUUACUCCUUCCCCUCGAUCAAAUGGCCACAAGGCGAGCGAGCGAGCGCGGAAGCAUUAUGCGCUUCCGAAUAAUCUGCUCCACGAGCGCAAGGCAACAAAUGGCAAGCGACAAGCGAAACAGCAAAGAUUGUGCAAAUGUAAAUAGUAGUAGAGCAAAAACGUACUUUGGUAGUCUGAUUUAUGUGUAUAGUGUAGCAGGUAGUACAGGGGGUGAGGCAAGCAGGUAACAUGCGGUGCCGAUAAGACAGAUAAGUGGUUGAUGUGAUUAGGAAAAAACUUUUCGAUGAUCGGAAAGAAGGAAGAAAAAGAUGUGUAAAAAUAAAACAACUGAAGUCCAUUGACCCAUUCCCAUUGAUGUGAUCCCAGCCCGCCCCCGGUGUGCGAGGACGCAUCCAACGAACGAGCGAACGAAUA